UGCGGCAAAGACCGAAAAAAAGUCCCCCCCCCCAAGUUAUUCCCCGGCAGAGCCGACUUCUCAGUUUAAUUGGUCAAGUGAUUGGAAGUCGCGUCGUUGUUCGCGAGUCCCGGUGUCCCUUAUGUGACUUUGUGAGCGCCGUGGCCCCCUCACGGUGGCGAAGAUGUUGAGAUCGAUCGUCGUGGCGGCGGCGGCGGCUACGGUGCUGAUGGUGGUGGUGGUGGCGCUGGCGGGCACGAGUGUCCAAGCAGAAGGGCGCUGGUGCGAACGCCGGGUGCUGUCCACGGAGCUGGAGGUGCUGACUCCACGGCGUGAGCUGUCGGCUCCCUGCAGCGCCCUGUUGCGCUUCACCCUGCAGGGAUGGAGGCUGGACGCGGAUCGGAUGCGCGCCGAGCAGGGCGGUCAUCCUGAGCGGGCGACCUCCGAGGCCACGUGCCACCUGUACAGACCCGCGGAGACGCGGACUGUGCAGGCGGAGAAGACGGUGAAGGAGUGCUGCCCCGGCUGGACUGGAGCACUGUGCACCGACAGGCUCUCCUACCCGGGCAUUUGCUACGCGCUGCCCGACUGUGGCAACGGCAGCGACGCCGACGGUGCGGGCAUCGCGCUGUCGGCCAUGGACGAGUGCUGCGCCAACGGACUAGCGCAGAGUUGGCGCAACCUGACGUCGGCGCGGUGCGCCGAGUGCCCGCAGCUCCUCAUCUCGGGGGGACCCGGGGCGCCUCGCCUCCCGCUCAUCCACGUGGCACCGCAGGCGGGCGGCGACCCCCGUCUCUUCGGCACCUGCGCCACGUGGAGCGGCUUCCACUACCGCAGCUUCGACGGCAGACACUUCCACUUCCCCGGGGCGUGCGCCUACGAGCUGGCGUCGGCCACCGACGGCACGUGGGCGGUGCACGUGGCCAGUGCCCGGGGAGAAGCCGCGGAAUUGAAAAUCCUGUUUGGCCUUGAGGUGAUCAAGGCGACCAACGGCUCCGUAGCGGUCAACGACGUCGGAGUUCCCCAUGGGCAUCCCUACUUCCAGAAAGGCGUGAGCAUCAAGUGGAUCGGGGACUUCGUGUUCAUCGAGAGUGGCCUGGGCGUGCGCGUCAAGUGGGACCAGGAGCGCGCUGUCUACGUCACCGUGACCUCCGACCUCAAGGGGCAGACCAGAGGCCUCUGCGGCUCCUACAACGAUGACCCCGGCGAUGACUUCAUGACGGCGGAAGGGCAGGUCGUUCAGUACGCCGUCACCUUCGCCAACUCGUGGAAAGUGGUGUCCGCAGAGAACGAGGGCUGCCGAGACUCGGCGGAAUUCGGCCACGCGUGCCGCCGCGCGGUGGACCCCGCGCUCAUGGUGGAGGCCGAGGCCACGUGCCAGCUGCUGCUGGCGCCGCCAUUCCGCCAGUGCCACGUGGAGGUGGACCCCACGGAGUACUACGACGCCUGCCUCUACAGCUACUGCCGGCCGCCAGGCCCGACGGCGGGGGACCCCCGCGGGGGGCCCCGGGCUGCGGCCGUGUGCGACUCGCUGGCCGGGUACGCGCGGGAGUGCGCCCAGCGGCGGGGCGGCUCGUUCCGGUGGCGCAGCGAGCGGCUCUGCGCCAGGAAUUGCUCCGGCGGCAUGGAGUUCUCGGACUGCGCGUCGCUGUGCCCGGCCACGUGCUCCUCCGUGGGCUUCCCCGAGGAGGCGGCCUGCAGGGAGGUGUGCGUCAGCGGCUGCGAGUGCCCUCGGGGCACCUUCCUGGAGGGCGGAGCCUGCGUCCUAGCCGCGCAGUGCCCCUGCUACCACCGCAAGCGCAAAUACCGGCCCGGGGAGACCGUUCAGCAGCAGUGCAACCAGUGCGUGUGCCAGGGCGGGGUGUGGAACUGCACCCAGGACAGGUGUUCAGCGGAGUGCGCGCUGCUCGGCGAUUCCCACUACGUCACGUUCGACGGGAAGCGCUACUCCUUCCAGGGCACCUGCGACUACGUCUUGCUCGAGGACUUUGUGAGCGGCAAGUUGCUCGUCAUCGAAGAGAAGGGCGCCUGCGCCGCCGUCGGCUGCAGCCGGACCCUCACCGUCACCGUCUACAAGACCACCGUCCGACUGCGCUUCACAGGUGAGGUUAGCGUGGACUCGCGCGACGUGCGCCUGCCGUUCAAGAACCAGGACGUGUCCGUGUCGAGGGCGUCGUCCGCGUUCCUGCUCCUCCAGGCGUUCGGCCUCUCGCUGCUGUGGGGCCUCGAGCACCACGUGGCCUACUUGAGGCUUGAGCCGGCUUACGCCAACAAGGUGCGCGGUCUCUGCGGCACGUUCAGCUGGACCCAGAGCGACGACUUCGCGACGCGCGAGGGCGACGUCGAGACGAACGCCGCGGCGUUUGCCGACCGCUACCGGGCAUCGCAGGGUUGCCCGGCCACCGCCCCCGAGCCCGCAUCCGACCCGUGCGCCACCUACGCGCAGAGCCGCCCGUACGCCGAGGAGAGCUGCGCCGUUCUGCACGCGCCGACCUUUGAGGCCUGCCACGUGGUGGUGGAGGUGUCUCCGUUCCAUCAGCUGUGCCUGGCUGCGGUGUGCGGGUGCGGGAGGCGAUCUGGCGGCAGCAGCAGCGGCGGUAGCGCCGGCUGCCUCUGCUCGGCAGUGGCCGCCUACGCCCGGGAGUGCGCGCUCGCCGGCGUUCCCACCGUCUGGAGGAGCGCCUCCUUUUGCCCGAUGCCGUGCUCCGGUGGGCAGGAGUACGCCGAGUGCUCGCAGCCAUGCGGGGCCACGUGCGGCGAGCUGCGUCUGGGCCUGGCGUGCACCGGCGUGGAGAGCGGCUGCGUCUCGGGCUGCAACUGCCCCCCGGGGCUCGUCCUGGACGAGCAGGGCCGCUGCGUGGCCCCGGAGCUGUGCCCGUGCCCGCAGGGCGACGCGCUCUACCCGCCGGGACACACCCUCACCAGGGGCUGCAACUCCUGCUCCUGCGUGCGCGGCUCCUGGAACUGCACGGACAGAGAUUGCCGCGACGCCGGCCACUGCCCCAGCAACCAGCGGUGGGGCCUGCACCCGUGCGUGCGCACCUGCGACAGCCCGGACGGCCCCGACGCCUGCGCGGAGCCGCGGCACUCUGGCUGCGGCUGCCCCGAUGGCCUGGUGCUGCUGGACGAUCGAUGCGUGGCACCCUCCGAGUGCCCCUGCCAUCACAACGGCAUGGAGUACUUCAGCAACAGCACCAUCCAGAAGGAGUGCAACACAUGCGUGUGCCGGGAGCGGCACUGGGAAUGCGGCCGGCGUCGCUGCCCCGGCACGUGCGUGGCCACGGGCGACCCCCACUACGUGACGUUUGACGGGCGGCCCUUCACCUUCCCGGGCGACUGCGCUUACGUGCUGGCGCGCGAGGCCUCGGGCCUCUUCUCCGUGGCGGCCGAGAACGUGCCGUGCGGAGCGAGCGCCGUCACCUGCACCAAGUCCGUGACGGUGGCCGUCGCCGGCACCACGGUGCACCUGCUGCGCGGCCGCGAGGUGACGGUGAACGGGCUCGCCGUGAAGCUGCCCAAGGUGUACGGGGGCAGCGGUCUCGCCUUGCACCGUGCCGGGAUGUUCGUGGGCGUCGCGGCCAGCGUGGGCCUUCACCUGCUGUGGGACGGAGGGACUCGCGUCUACCUCAAGCUGGACCCGUCGCACCGGGGCCGAGUCGGUGGCCUCUGCGGAAACUACGACGGCGACGCGGCCAACGACUUCCGCACGCGGCAGGGCAGCGUCGAGUCGACGUCCGAAGUGUUCGGAAACUCGUGGCGCAUGAGCUCCGCGUGCCCCGAGGUGGAGAGUCACAAGUUCCCCGACCCGUGCGCGGCGAACCCCCACCGGGUCACGUGGGCGCGCAAGCGGUGCGGCGUGCUGAGCCAGCCGCUCUUCCAGCCGUGCCACGCGGCCGUGCCGCACGAGCAGUUCUACACGUGGUGCGUCUUCGACGCUUGCGGGUGCGACUCUGGCGGGGACUGCGAGUGCCUCUGCACCGCGAUCGCUACCUACGCCGAGGAGUGCAACAAGAACGGCGUCUACAUCCGCUGGCGCUCGCAGGACCUUUGCCCGAUGCAGUGCGACGGUGGGCUGGUGUACGAGGCGUGCGGUCCCCCGUGCCAGACGACCUGCCGGGACAUCGGCAAGGAGCUGGAGCCGCACUGCCACGCCGUCUCGUGUGUGGAGGGCUGCUUCUGCCCCCAGAGCACGGUUUACCACGACGGCGCGUGCGUUGACGUGGCCGAGUGCUCGUGCCUCCUCGACGCCGUCGAGUAUCCUCCGGAGGCCUCCAUCGUCAGAAACUGCAGGAAUUGCACGUGCCACCACGGGGACUGGCGGUGCUCGGGGUCGCCGUGCGGCGCCGGGGCCGGCGAGACCGAGGGGGCGUGCGGGGCGACGGAGUUCCGCUGCGCCUCGACGGGGCGCUGCAUCCCGGCGGUGUGGGCGUGUGACAACCAGGACGACUGCGGCGACGGCUCGGACGAGCUGUGCGCGGCGUCGUGCGGCCCCCAGCAGUUCCCUUGCUCCGAUGGGCGGUGCGUGUGGGCGAGCGAGCGGUGCGACGGACAGCCGGACUGCGCCGACGGCGAGGACGAGCGCGGCUGCCCGGCGCCGCCAACGCCGUGCGGCGCCGGCGACUUCGCCUGCGCCAACGGGCGCUGCGUGCCGCUCUCCCGCGUGUGCGACGGCGCGCCCGACUGCGGCUUCGGCGACGCCUCCGACGAGUCGGCGUGCGGCGGCAGCUGCGCGUGGACCGAGUUCCGGUGCCACGUGGGCCGGUGCCUCCCGUACCUGCACCGCUGCGACGGGCAUGACGACUGCGGCGACUUCAGCGACGAGGAGGGCUGCUCGUGCCCCGCCGGGUGGCUUCAGUGCCCCGACGGCCUCUGCCUAAGCCCCCUGCGCGUCUGCAACGGCCGGGCGGACUGCCGGCCCGCUGUGGACGAGGCCUUCUGUGGACACCCCGGAGGAGUGCCGGUGACGUGCGGGCCGGGCCAGCUGCCCUGCGGCAACGGCUCCUGCGUGAGCGGGCGCCAGGUGUGCGACGGCGUCCCGGACUGCCAGCGCGGCGAGGACGAGAGCCCCGAGCUGUGCGCCGAGCGAGAUGGCCGCCCGGGGGUCACCACGCUGACCCCGACCGCUCCCGGGGUGACCCCGACCCCCGGCUCAGCACCCGCGCUCAGCCCGUGCAAGGUCACGGAGUUUGCGUGCGCGAGUGGCGAGUGCCGCCCCCUGGCUUGGCGCUGCGACGGCGAGGCCGACUGCCGGGACGGCAGCGACGAGCGCGGCUGCGACGGGUCGUGCGGCCCCGGCGAGGUGCCCUGCCCCGAUAGCGGUGGCGGUGGUGGUGGCGGCGGCGGGCAGUGCCUUCGCCACGCCGAGCUGUGCGAUGGCAUCCCGCACUGCCUGGACUUCUCCGACGAAAGCCUCGACCGAUGCGGCUCUGCCCAGAUCCCUCCUUGCCCCGGCAAUUUCGAGUGCAACAACCGGACGUGCGUGAAUGCCAGCAAGGUGUGCGACGGCAUCCCCGACUGCCCAGACGCCGAGGAUGAGCUGUCCUGCGGUCCAAGGGUGGUCGUGCCGCCCGACGACGACGCCGCCGCCGUGCCGUGCCCGGAGUUCACGUGCCUCACCGGACAGUGCCUGCCCUUCUCGCGGGUGUGCAACGGCGUGUGGGACUGCCCGGACCGCGGCGUGGCCGGCGCGGCGGAGGUGGCCUCGGACGAAGCGGGCUGCACCUCGUGGGGCACGUGGGGCACGUGGGGCGAGUGCAGCCGCGCGUGCGGGCCCGGCGUGCAGCGCCGCUCCCGGGAGUGUCCCCCCGGCCGGGCCGGAGACCACCACGACGCCCUCCGGGGCUGCCGGGGCGACGCCGCCGAGGCCCAGGAGUGCUUCAGCACGGCCUGCCCCAGAGACGGGGAGUGGAGCGAGUGGAGCGUCUGGUCUAACUGCACGGCGGCGUGCGGAGGGGUGGUCGUGCGGCGCCGGGAGUGCCGCUUGGCGGAGAACGGCGGCCUCAUGUGCUGGGAGAUUCCCGGCUCCUCCCGGGAAACGACCCAGAUCCAGCCGUGCCCCACGGACGACUGCCACGUGCCGGCGGACUGUGUGGGGGACAUGUCGUGGCGCGAUUGCGUUGGAUGCCCCCUCACCUGCGAGGAUCUGGUGGGCGACGCCGGCUGCAAGCAGCCCCUGCCCUGCCACGCAGGUUGCCAAUGUCCCCCGGGCAAGGUGCUGGACGCCACCUCGCAGCGCUGCGUGGGAGCGGCCGAGUGUCCGUGCGUGCAAGACGGCGUGCGUCACUGGCCCGGGCAGCUCGUCAAGUCCGAGUGCAACCUCUGCGUGUGCCAGGACGGGCGGCUGCAGCACUGCCAGCCCAACCCAGAGUGCUCCGUGAACUGCGGCUGGUCCUCGUGGUCCGAGUGGGGGGAGUGCCUGGGACCGUGCGGGGUGCAGAGCGUUCAGUGGUCAUUCAGGAGCCCCAACAACCCCAGCAAGCACGGAGACGGCCUGCAGUGCCGCGGGAUCCACCGCAAAGCGCGCAGGUGCCAGACGGAGCCCUGCCGGGAGUGCCAGGAGGAGGGCAUCCGUCACCUGGUUGGAGACCUCUGGCACGCGGCGCAGUGCCACCUAUGCCAGUGCCUGCCCGACCUCACCGUGCACUGUGCCAAGUUCUGCCCCUACGCGGCCACCGGCUGCCCCGAGGGCAUGGUUCUAAUAAAACAAGAAGAUAAGUGCUGUCACUGCACGCCCAAAGACUCGGAUGGUUCAGCGGCGCAGGGGCCCACUGGCCUUCCGGACCACGACAGGAGGCCGCACCCAUCGUGGACAACAAUCGAGCCUCUUGGUCCCAGCGGUGGGCCCAGCCCCGAUUUGUGCUACAAUUCUCUGGGAGUAUCCGACCUCCCGAACAGCAGCUUCUCGGCCUCGUCGAACCAGCCGGAGAACCCGCCGCACGCCGCCAGGAUGGCGUGGAUGCCUCCGCCGCCGGCGGCUGCAGCGCAGCACGGGAACGUCACGGUGGGGGCACACGGCGUCGGUGACGACCCCGAGGCGCCGGGGCCGCUGCUCCCACCGUUGAGGAGGGUGGCGCCGAGGCCCGGCUCCGAGGUGUCUCCCUGGGAGCUGCACGGCUGGAGCCCCGCUCCACGCGAGUACCCGGGCCUCCAGCAGAGAGCGCCAUACCUGCAGAUCGACCUGCGGCGCCUACGCAACGUCACGGGUGUCGUGACGCAGGGCGCCGGAGCGUUCGACGCCUACGUGUCGCGGUUCCAGCUGCAGUUCAGCUCAGACGGACAGAUCUGGGUGCCGUACCAGGAGAGGGUGAACCUCUCCUCGCCCUCGCUCCCCAAGGCGUUUGAAGGCAACGUGGACGAGGGAGGCCUCACCUACAACUACCUGCUCACGGUGGUCACCGCCCGCUACGUGAGGAUUCUGCCGCAGGACUUCCACCACGGCAUCUACCUGAGGGUCGAGCUCCUGGGAUGCCGUGACGGCUGGACAGGUGAACCGACGGCUCCGCACGGCCCCCGCGCCACGGACCGGCCGCGCCUGCUCCCGCUCACCCCGAGCGGCCACGACGGGCCACUCACCGCGAGGCCCCCGCGCCCGGGCCACCGCUGCCGCGAGGGCCAGUUCGCGUGCCACGGCGGGGGCUGCGUGCCGGCGGGGCCCGGCGGCGUCGUUUGCAACGGGGUCAACGACUGCGGCGAUGGCUCCGACGAAAUGUACUGCGGUUCCGGGCUCCGUCCAACCAUUGGGCCCAGGCACGGCUGCCCAACCGGGCAGUUCCAUUGCGCGGGAACGGGCACCUGUGUCCCCGCGUCGUGGCGCUGCGACGGGCACGACGACUGCGGCGACGGCACCGACGAGGCCGGAUGCGUUCCCGCCGGUGACAGCUCAACCCAAGUUGGCGCCACCACCGCGUCAUCUCACGGCGACUUUGUCACGAGCACCCGGGCACCGUCGAUUACGAGCACCGGUGGCUCGGCGGUGUUCCCACCGUGGGUCGGACCAGGCGGGGCGACGGCUCGGCCGCCUUUGUCUUCCGUGACUCAGAGAAUUUGGACCAUGGGGGGCUUCUCGCCCGGCAUGCAGUGGCAGGGCAAGACUAAACCGGGCCCCAAGGAUCACGAAUCGACUCAUCUCUCGGUCAGCACCAGGAGACCUGGCGUGACAAGCAAAGACAUUCUGGCUCCCCGAGAGGGCUGCGAUUUCCCACUGGGGCUGGAGGACGGCAGGGUCCGGUACCAGCAGCUCAGCGCCUCCUCGCAGAAGGAAAGCAACACUCCGGACGCAGGGCGGCUCAACAUCAUCCCGAACAUAGCCAAGAUGGAAUCCGGCUGGAGUCCCCAGCCCGGUGAUCGCAGUCCCUACUUCCAGGUGGACUUCCAAAAGCCCGUGCUCAUCUCGGGGGUCGUGACCCAGGGAAGCGGCCUCGGUCGCUCGCACUUCUCGCACGCUGGUGCUUAUGUCUCCAAGUACAAGCUCCGCUUCAGCCUGGACGGGCAGCGCUUCUCCGACUACGCGGACCCGCAGGACCCCAAGGGAGAGGCCAUGGUCUUUGAGGGCAACUUCGACCCCGUGACCGCAGUCACACAGAAGCUGCCACGCUACAUUUUCUCCAGAUACCUGCGGAUCCUCCCCGUGGAGUAUCGGACCGGCAUUUACCUCCGAUCGGAAAUCCUCGGAUGUUCUCUAAGUCCAACACCCUCCGAGAUGCCGUUCAUCACUCGUGGGCCCCUGGGCCCCAUGAAGCCAACGUCCAAGCUGCGGCCAGGCAUCGUCGACAGCCGCGUCACCGCUUCGCCGGCGCCGAUUCCCGGUGGCCCGGGGCCCGGCCGUUGCCGCCCCGGAGAAUUCCGCUGUGGGAGCGGGGAGUGCGUCGCCGCGGCGACGGCGCUCUGCGACGGGAAGGUCGAUUGCGCCGACUUCUCGGAUGAAAAGGGCUGCGGAGCAGUCCCACCAGCUUCACCAAGAACAAAGUCACCUUCCACUGCCAAGUUUCCACUGGGGCCGGAAUGGACGACGGACGAUAGUGGUGGAGCGAGGCGCGGCGUUACAGGAGACCCUGGCGUUAUCAGGAGACCUGACCAAACCGGAAAACCUGGGGUCAAAGGGAAGCAAGGAGUUACUGGGGAGCCAGGCAUUGUCGUUAGACCUGGCGUAACUGGAGAGCCUGGUCUUAUUGACAAGCCUAGAGGAACUGGGGAGCCUGGUGUUAUUGACAAGCCGAGAGGAACUGGGGAGCCAGGCAUUAUCGUUAGACCUGGGGUAACGGGAGAACCGGGUGUCAUUGAUAAGCCCAGAGGAACUGGAGAACCUGGUGUUAUUGAUAAACCCGGAGUAACCGGGGAUCCAGGCGUGAAAGGAAAACCUGGAGUGACGGGCAUACCCGGCGUCGAUGUGAAACCAGGGGUAACCGGGAAGCCCGGAACCAUUUGGGGGCCCGGGGAACCUCCUUCGGUCACGGGUCACGUGAGCGGAACAGGUGAGCCCUUUGUGAUCGGCAAACCGGGCAAACCGACGCGGAAGCCCGGAAUGACGGGUGAGCCGGGUGCGAAGGGAGAGCCUGGGCCGGCAGGUGUUCCGGCCACGAAAGAGCCAGGAGGAUGGCCAAAGCCUGGUCGACCUGGACAUGGAGAUGCCUUCACCACAGCGCCCUCUCGCCACGUGCACACGUUAGCCGGUCCAAGUGCGACAGCUGCUGGGCCCAUCCUGCCAUUGGGACCUUGGGUCACAGGGAGGCCGUUGCCCGGAUUUACCGCCGUGGUUCGGGACAGCUCGGUGGCUCCACCAGCGAGGCAGCUCUGCCUUGUGGGGGAGUUUGCGUGUGCGUCCGGGGGGUGCGUCGACGCCGCGUUGGUCUGCGACGGCAAACGAGAUUGCCCCGACAGAUCUGAUGAGCGCUACUGUGGAAUGGCGACUCCGUUCCCGCACACGCCGCCGACGCCUCCCGGCGCGAUCCCUGGCGGCCGAGUCCCCGGCCGCUGCUCUGCCCGCCAGUUUUCCUGCGCCAGCGGCGAGUGCGUGAGCUCGGAGAAGCGCUGUGACCUGCACAGGGACUGCCUGGACGGCUCGGAUGAGCUCGAUUGCCUGGACUGCAUCGUGUCACCCUGGACCGAGUGGAGCCAAUGCAGCCGCAGCUGUGGCCUAGGCGUCAUGUUCCGGCAGAGAGACGUCCUCAGGGAGGAGCAGACCGGGGGCAGCUGCAACCGCACGCUGAUGGGCAGCAGAGCCUGCUUCAUGCAGGCCUGUCCCGUGGAGGGGCAGUGGGGUGCGUGGAGCUCCUGGUCCCCGUGCGACGCUCGCUGCGGGGGCGGCAUGAGGGUCCGGCAGCGGACGUGCAGCACCCCGCCGCCCAAGAACGGCGGACGGGCGUGCGCGGGCGACGGAGUGCAGCCCGAGCGGUGCAACGUGCGGCCCUGCGCGCGGCCCUCCGACUGCGGUCCCGACAUGGUGUUCGUCUCGGCGGAGGACUGCAAGCGACGCCCCGUGGAGCCGUGCCCUCUGACCUGCGACCACCUGGACAAGAGCCCAGACUGCCGCGUGCCCUGCGUGGAAGGCUGCCGCUGCAAACCGGGCCUGUACCUUAGGAGUGGACGCUGUGUGGAAGCCGGCGAGUGCCAGUGCAGAGUCGAAGGCCGCGUUUACAAACCUGGCCAGGUCUUCUCCACGGCAAACUGCAGCAACUGCUCCUGCCGGGAUGGCACCGUGGAGUGUGAGCCAUCGAGCUGCCCCGUGCACUGCGGCUGGUCGGCCUGGUCCCCAUGGACGCCCUGCGACCGCCCGUGCCGCACGGGCAGCCAGGAGCGCUACAGGUCACCGACGAACCCGGCGGCGUCCGGCGGGGGAGCACCCUGCGCGGGAGAGAGCACGGAGCUCCGGGACUGCAACGUGGGGCCCUGUCCGGGAGACGUGGUCCCCGACGAGGGCGGCGACGGGGACGGGGGCAAGGGCGGCUGGGGCCAGUGGUCGGCGUGGUCCCGCUGCACGCGCACGUGCUUCUACUCGCCGGAGCGCGUGGGCACGCGCGCGCGGCACCGUCGCUGCAACGCCACGGCGGUGGACGACGUGACGGGCGACCCGUGCCCCGAGGAGGAUGUGCAGACGGAGCUGUGCGGCGUGCGGCCGUGCCCCGUGGCCGGCGGCUGGAGCUCGUGGUCAUCGUGGACCGGGUGCAGCGCCUCCUGUGACUCGGGGAUCCAGACGCGGAGUCGAACCUGCACCAACCCCCUGCCGAGUCACGGGGGACCCAGCUGCCAGGGCCCCCACGGCCAGAGCCGAGACUGCAACCCGCAGCCUUGCAACGAGCAGUGCCCCGCCGGCAUGGAGCACCUGACCGAGGCGGAGUGCCACCGCCGCGGAGGGCUGUGCCCGCGCUCCUGCCUGGACAUGACCCGCGACGUGGAAUGCACGGCGUUGUGCCGUGACGGCUGCUACUGCUUGGAGGGCACCUUCCUGCUGCGGGGUGCCUGCGUGCCGCCGGUCCGGUGCCCGUGCCGCCACGAGGGGCGCGACUACGACCCGGGCGACGUCGUGUCCGUUGACCCCUGCAACAACUGCACAUGUGCGAACGGAGAAAUGCAGUGUGGAUCACUACCGUGUUCAGUCGACUGCGGCUGGAGCGAGUGGACCGCGUGGUCGCUGUGCACCAAGACGUGUGACGUGGGCACGCGCCGCCGCUUCCGCUCGGCCACGCACCCGCCCGCCGCCUUCGGGGGCCGCGGGUGUUCGGGGCUGCCCGUCGAGGUGGCCUACUGCGGCCUACUCCCCUGCAAAGCUGUGUGGGGCGAGUGGGAGGCCUGGUCCGGGUGCUCGGCUUCCUGCGGUGGUGGCGUCCGCGUACGGAGCCGCACCUGCCCAACGCCGGCACCACCACCACCGGCAUCGCCGCCCGGGUCCUCGCUCGCCUGCGACGGCGGCGGCGCCGUGGAGGACAUGGAGAGCUGCAACACGGAGAGCUGCGACGGUCAGACGCUGAGCUGCCCUGAUGGAAAGGUCUGGAGGCUGUGCCACCUCGAUGAGCCUAUAACCUGCGCCGACCUCGGCCGUGACCUCACGGUCUCCGGGAGAGAAUGCCACCCGGGCUGCUACUGCCCGAAUGGAACCCUGCUGUUGAACCAGACGUGUGUUCGAACCUCGGAGUGCCCGUGCUUCAUAGGAGGCUCGGUGUAUCUGCCCAGAUCUCCGAUACAGAUAGGCUGCACCAAAUGCACUUGUGAAAAUGGCGAAGCGGCGAGGUGUGUCAGCGUUGAUUGCGAUGUGGACGGUGCGUGGAACGACUGGAGCCCCUGGACCCCGUGCAGCGCGCCGUGCGGCCUCGGGGUGCAGCGCCGCUACCGCUUCUGCACGGAGCCGCCGCCGGCGGGGGAAGGUCGCGACUGCGGGGGGCCGGGCAGCGAGGAGCGAGUGUGCAACACGCACGCCUGCACGCAGGACGGCGCGUGGUCGGGCUGGAGCCGCUGGGCCGAGUGCUCGCGCAGCUGCGGCGGCGGGGGGCUUCGCUCGCGGGCCCGCUCCUGCGAUGCCCCCGUGCCCAGCGGCGGAGGAGAUUACUGCGAGGGCCCGGGCGUCGACACUCAGGAGUGCCACGCGGAGCCAUGCCCCGACAGGAACUGUUCGGAAGUGGCUGGGUCGUACUACAGUCACUGUGGGCCGCCCUGCCCGCGCAGCUGCGACGAUGUGUCUUUUUGCUCGUGGAGCUGCGAGCCCGGGUGCUACUGCACGGACGGGCGCCUGAUGAACGGCGAGGGCAGGGCGUGCGUGGACAAGCAGGACUGCACAUGCCUGGACAUCAACACCGGGCGGCGACACCCGCCCGGGGACACAGUGCCCCAUGCGGACGGCUGCAACAACUGCACUUGCAUGCAUGGAGCGCUGGUGUGCACCAAUCAGCCUUGUCCUGUGGACGGCGGCUGGUGCGAGUGGUCCCCGUGGACGCCGUGCUCCCGCACGUGCGGCUCGGAGACGGCGUCGCGCUACCGCACGUGCGCGUGCCCCCCGCCGCGGGACGGGGGCGCGCCCUGCGCCGGGGCUCAGCGCGGGCACGAGCACAGGGACGUGGGCGUGCAGCUCGAGGCGAAGCCGUGCAACCUCUUCCCCUUCUGCCCCACGGAUGGCGGGUGGGGCUUUUGGUCGUCGUGGUCGGCGUGCGACGCCUGUACCGGCGGCGCCGCCGUCAGGACCAGGGAGUGCAACAGCCCAACCCCGCGCUUCGGCGGCGCCGAGUGCGAAGGGAACUCCACCAUGAGCCGUCCGUGCCAGGGGGACCCAAGCUCGUGUCCUGACUGCCCCGAGGGCCAGGUGGUGCUGCCGUGCAGCAAGCCGUGCCCGCGGAGCUGCGAGGAGCUGCAGAGCGGCGUUCUGUGCGUGGAGCCGCCCUCCGAGUGCCACCCCGCGUGCGCGUGCCCCGGCGACCUCGUGCUGCACGACGGCGCCGCCUGCGUGCCGCCCUCGCGGUGCCCGUGCCGCUACCGCCCGCCCAGGCCGUCGCACUCGCACAAGCAGGACCAUGGAGUCAAUGCCAGCUCCGCCUCUGAGCUCCAGCCAGCGUGGAUACUGGUGCAUCCCGGGGAGACAGUCGCCAUCCGUUGCAACAACUGCACCUGCGAGAGCGGGCAGCUGUCGUGCACCGAGCUGGCGUGCCGCAUCGACGGCGGCUGGGGCUCGUGGACGAGUUGGAGCUCGUGCCCUCGUUCCUGCGGGGACGGCGUGCAGCACCGCUACCGCCUGUGCGACAGCCCCGCCCCGCACGCCGGCGGCCGCGGCUGCGCCGGGCCUUCCCGGGAGGAGAAGGAGUGCCGCGCACGGAGCUGCGUCGACUCGUGGCCCUGGUCAGAGUGGUCUCCCUGGGCCAACUGCAGCGUGGGGUGCGGCGGUGGGGAGCAGACCCGCCACCGGAGCUGCCUGCACCCCCCGUGCCCGGGCCUGGCAACGCACAGCAAGGCCUGCAACACCCACGUCUGCCAAGCCGGCUGUCCGGCCGACAAGCUGUUCCGGGAGUGCGUCCAGGACGAGGAAUGUCCUUACACGUGCGCGCACGUGCGGGGCGAGGCGGAGUGCCGCGGGGAGACCUGCGAGGAGGGCUGCCACUGCCCCGUCGGCACCUGGCUCCACCAGGGCCGCUGUGUCCAGGAGUGCCCCUGCGUGCUGGAUGAAGCCACCGCAGUCCUGCUGUGGGAACAGUCGGCCCUCUCGGCCGCUGAGAAGGCGGCGGAUCAGGGGGCGGAAGUUGGAGGGAGGGCCCCGCUCAAUAUCACAGCGCUGCGGGAUGACGGCACGGCCGUCUUCCUGGGGCAGGAGAUCCCGUCGGGAACUUCCAUCACUCACGAGUGCAGUAAUUGCACGUGCGCGCACGGCAAGCUGCGCUGCGCCGCGCGUCCGUGCCCCGUGGACGGGCGGCUAUCCGCGUGGAGCGGCUGGGAGCGGUGCUCGCGCACCUGCGGGGGCCUGGGCCGCAUGACGCGCACGCGUACCUGCAGCGAGCCUGCGCCGCGCCACGGAGGCCGGCCGUGCACGGGCCCCACCAUGGACAUCAAGUACUGCCACACGCCCGACUGCCGCGCUGCAUACACAACCCCCAGCCCGGCAAAUGUCACCAUCGCACCCAUGCCAGCGGACACGGAGGGCUUCGGCAGCUGGACGCCGUGGUCGCCGUGCUCGCGCACGUGCAGCGACCCCGAGCUGCCCGCCCUGAAGACGCGCGUGCGCUUCUGUGCGCCCAGAGCCACGUGCCGCGGCGAGUCUUACCAGGAGCACGUGUGCAACCUGCCCCAGUGUGACGCCCCGGUGUCGUGCGAGGACGGCGACUGCAGCGUGGACUGCUCGUGGAACGCGUGGACGGCGUGGAGCACGUGUUCGCGGCCAUGCGGCGUCGGGCAGCAGCAGCGCAUGCGCACGUACAACCCCCCGCUGGGCAACGGUUCCUGGUGCCCGGACAUCAUCGCCGGCAACUGGGAAGUUCGCUUCUGCAACACGGACGUCUGCAAGGUGGACGGCGGAUGGAGUUCCUGGAGCCCUUGGGCCCCGUGCGACCGCGCGUGCGGGGGAGGCCGCUCCUUGCGCGUGAGGGCCUGCACCAACCCCCCGCGGAAGAACGGCGGGCAGCCCUGCCCAGGAGACAAGUACCAAGUGACUGUCUGCAACACCCAGCCUUGCGAUGGCGAGGGCUGCCCUCCCGAGAUGCUUCUCAGCGACUGUGGCAACCGCUGCCCGCGCAGCUGCGCCGACCUGCAGCAAGGCUUCGCCUGCGUGGAACCGGAACGCUGCCAACCGGGCUGCAGCUGCCCCGACGGGCUCCUGGAGCAGGACGGGCGCUGCGUGCCCACGUGGCAGUGCGAGUGCACCGACAUGAGCGGCCAGGCCUGGGCGCCGGGCUCCUCGCGGCCGUCGCCGUCCGGCUGCGCCGACUGCACGUGCUCGCACGGCCGCAUCGAGUGCGCCGAGAAGCCGUGCGCGGACGGCAGCUGCGCGUGGAGCGUCUGGUCCUCCUGGUCCUCCUGCAGCGCAUCCUGCGACAGCGGAACGCGCACGCGGUUCAGAUCGUCCAUUACCUCGGGCUCCGAGGGAGCGAGCUCCACCUGCCAGGGUGAAAGGUCACAGGUGAAGCCAUGCGACCUGGGCUCCUGCCCUCCUCUCUGUCGCCACGGCAACUGGGAGCGUUACCUGGGCGACGUCUGGCUGGAGGGGGAGUGCGAGCAGUGCCAGUGUACACCAGAGGGAAGCUUUUGCCAAGUCAUAGACUGCCGGGUGGAUGGAGGUUGGACUCCCUGGGCUCCGUGGUCGGACUGUACCGCCAGCUGUGGCACAGGGAAGCAGAUUCGCAGCCGCGCCUGCAUCAACCCCCCGCCACGCAACAAUGGGACAGCCUGCCGAGGACCCAGCGUGGAGAACCAGGAAUGCGCCACUGCGCCUUGCCCAGUGCCGGAGGGAGUUUGCCCGGAGCCGCUGGUGUUCGACCCGUGCGGCUCGCCCUGCUCCCAGUACUGCGGGGGGCGGACGUUGGGGACCGAGUGUGUGCAGGAGUGCGUGCCCGGCUGCUACUGCCCGCAGGGUCUGCUGGAGCAGAACGGCACGUGUGUGGACGGUGCUGAGUGCGGCUGCGUUCAUCUGCUCACAGAAGCCGAGGGCAGCAAACCCAUCCCUUCCCUCAUUGCGCCGGGCAGUAGGGUCACGGUCGGCUGCCUGGAGUGCUUGUGCGAGGACGGCCAACUGCACUGCUCCAACGACUCCUGCCAAGGCGCGGGAGUGCUGGGCGCGUGGAGCGAGUGGACCGCGUGCCGGCCGUGCGUGCCGCCCUCCAUCCUGGUCGGAGGUCACCUGAGGCCCUUCCUGCGACCGCUUCACGAGGGAUCCCUCAACGCCUCCGAGCUGCCCGAGCACCUGCGCCCGUUCCUGCCCACCCAGCGGCGCUUCAGGGACUGCCUGACGACGGGGAGCUCCCCCUCGUCCAGAUCCGGGAAGGCCGGAUACCGGCCACAGAUGGGGAGAAGUUGGGACCCGGCGGAGACUUGCACUGCCCCGGCGAUGGAGGAGAGGACCUGUGCCGAUGCCGUCGCUUGCUCAGACGAUGUGUGCGUCUGGGGAGCCUGGGGUCCGUGGGGCGGUUGCCGGGAGCCUUGCAGCGGCGGCUUUCGGGUUCGUCAGCGGGCGCCGCUGGCCCCAGCCGACCCCACGGGGCCCAGGGCCCGAUGCCACGGGGCCCGUCUCCAAAGCGAGAGCUGCAACACCGCGACGUGCCCAGGCAAACGGUGCGAGGACCGGGGCAAGGCAUUCCUGUCCACGUGCGCCAACCAGUGCCCGCGGAGCUGCUCCGACCUCUGGGAGCAUGUCGAGUGCCUGCAGGGCAGCUGCAAGGAAGGCUGCCGUUGCCCCGAGAGCUGGCUACUUCAGGACCGUGCGUGCGUCCCCGUCGCGCAGUGCCGCUGCGGCCUCCCGUCUCCGAACGCCAGCCAAGAGUACCGGCCGGGCGAGGUGGUGCGGGUCGACUGCAACGAGUGCGUGUGCGUCAAGGGCACGUUCGUGUGCACGGAGCGCGUGUGCCCGGAGUUGGGGCCCUGGUCCGCGUGGGGCGAGUGCUCACGCAGCUGCGGUGGAGGCACGCGCGUGCGGCACCGCGACUGCCCCGACACGUCCGCCCCGCACGCGUGUCCCGGGGAGCCCCAGCAGAGCGAGGCGUGCAGCCCCCAGCCAUGCCGAGCGGAUUGCGUCCUGGGAGACUGGGCCGCGUGGAGCUCCUGCAGCGCGUCCUGCGGAGGAGGGGUGUCGUUGCGCAAUCGCAGCGUCGUCACCGCCGCCGCCUUCGGAGGCGCCGAAUGCCCCGAGCCGCUCGUGGCCCAGAGAUCCUGCAACAACUACAACUGCAGCGAUGAUUGCACACCCGGCCAGGUGUACAUCGACUGCGCUAACCUGUGCCCGCGCGCGUGCUCGGACCUGCACCAGGGCACGGAGUGCGUCCGCGAGCCCUGCCAGCCCGGCUGUGCCUGUCCACGUGGCAAGGUGCUGCAGGACGGCGUGUGUGUGGCACCCUCUGAGUGCCGCUGUGCGCUUGGUGCGGCCGCCCGCUGGGGGGCCCAGCCCCCCCACAGUGACAGUGUUGAGUACCAGCCGGGCACCGUCCUCGCACAGGAGUGCAACAACUGCACUUGCAUCGACGGCGCCUUUCACUGCACCUCCUUCAACUGCGAGGAGGACUGCGAGUGGGGGCCGUGGACGGCGUGGUCAUCGUGCUCGGCCUCCUGCGGGGCCGGCGCCCGCACGGCGAUGCGACCUCGCAGGCUCAAGGCCCAGCUCGGAGGGCACGAGUGUCACAGCCCCGAGUCGCGCACGGAAGAGUGCUACGUCCGGGAUUGCGGCUGCCCGCCGGGCGAGCGCUGGCUGCGCGGCUACACGUCGGCGCCGUGGUGCGAGCGGAGCUGCGCCGAGGUGUUCGCCACGGAGCUCGGCAACUGCUCAGGGGCGGCGGCCGGAGGCGGCGAGGGCUGCGUGUGCGAGCCGGGCCGGUACCGCGACGCCUCGGGGCGCUGCGUCAUCCCGGCGCUGUGCGAGUGCAGCGCCGACGGGCGCAUCUACCAGUCUGGCCAGCGCUGGAUGGAGGGCUGCCACGAAUGCCGCUGCAUCAACAGCAUGAAGAUCUGCAAGGCGGACUGCCCCAAGCUGCAGUGCCUGGAGGGAGAAGUGAAGGUGGAGGAACCGGGUAGCUGCUGCCCUGUGUGCAGGAAGGAGGUGAUCGAUGAGCAGGCGGACGUGUGCCAGCGCUACACAGAAGUGCGUAACAUCACCAAAGGCCUGUGCCACAUCGCGGGCGUGGAAGUGAGCUACUGCCGGGGGAGGUGUCCGUCGCGCACCGUCGUCAUACCACAGGAGCCGUACAUCGAGGCCGAGUGCGAGUGCUGCAGCUACCGGCUCGACCCCCAGCGGCCGGUGCAGUUCCUGCGCCUGGAGUGCGCCAACGGGGAGAGCGAGCCCGUCGUGCUGCCCGUUAUCCACAGCUGCGAGUGUAGCAGCUGCCAGGGUGGUGAUUUCUCCUAAACGCUGACACUGGAGGAAGAGGGGUGAAGGGUCUCGUAGACGUUCCGUGCUGACAUCAGCGAAGCUUGCGAAUUUAUAUGUCGGCAUUAGUGUUCACGUUCUCGAAGUCUUUGUCGUGUCGGGCGCGCUCAUGAAAACCCUGCCUCGUUUGCUUCGUGGACAAAAUCCUGUGGGUUGCCCUUGCAGGAAUGCUACCGUGCGAUCUCAGUCAUCGUCGUUUGUGUCGUUAUCUUGAACGGACGCUGGCGUCGCGCAUCGAAGAGCUGCCCUCUCCGAUUGUGUACAACGCCGCACUGCGUAACGUGACGGGACUUUUAAUCAUUGCGGAUGAUCGCUUCUUAGUUGCUAUUUACCCAGCAAAGAGAUGGAUGCUCUGCAUCGGUUUAGCAGUCAUCCUUAUAUUUUCCGGUAAGAUCUAGACGUGGCAAUAUUUUUCUGUAGCGCGAGGAGCGUCGCCCUUAAGAACAUGAACAAGUUGUGGCAGGCCUUGGCUUUCGCACAGAAACGCCUCCGUAGAUUUUCACGCGAGUGUUGGCAGCCUUACCUUUUUUCCACUUUCGCACGCGAGCGUCGUUGGCAUUACUUCGCCUCAAUAAAGCAGCAAAUAUGA